AUGCGCCCGGCACCGGCUCGCACCGCCAUCGGUGGUGGUGUCCGAGCUUGGUCGGCGGCUGCGGCGCCAGCUACACCAACACCGCCGUCACCGACCGCCCUGCGCCCGCCCCGCGAUGCCGCCUCGUCGCCCAUGCGCCUGGCCGUUGUCGGCUCCGGCCCCGCCGGGUUCUAUGCCGCGUCCAGGGUCAUGUCGAGGCUGCCUGGCGCCCGCGUCGACAUGUACGAGGGCCUCCCCGUGCCCUUUGGCCUGGUCCGUCACGGUGUUGCCCCGGACCACCCCGAGGUCAAGAACUGUCAGGACCGCUUUGGCGAGAUCGCCUCGGCCUCCAACUUCCGCUUCCUCGGCAACGUCUCCGUCGGUCAACCCGUCCACGCCGCCGACCACUGCACUGUGCCGCUUCGCUCUCUCAUGCGCCAUUACGACACCAUACUUCUCGCCUACGGUGCCUCGGAGGACAAGAAGCUCGGCAUUCCCGGCGAGUCCACCCUGACGGGCAUCUACUCGGCCCGCCAGUUUGUCGGCUGGUACAACGGUCUCCCCGAAUGCGCCGGCCUCCAGCCCGACCUCCUCCGUGGCGAGGACGCCGUUGUCGUUGGCCAGGGCAACGUCGCCCUGGAUGUGGCCCGCAUCCUGCUGGAGGAUGUCGACGUACUGAGGAAGACUGACAUCACGGAGCGCGCCCUUGCUGAGCUGGCCCGGAGUCGCGUACGGAGGGUCCACGUCGUUGCCAGGCGCGGCCCGAUGCAGGCAGCCUUCACAAUAAAGGAGGUGCGGGAGCUCAUGAAGCUGCCUGGUGUGGCCUUCUGGCCCGCAAACCGAGCCCUCAUCCCGGAGGACAUCAAGUCCCUCCCUCGCGCCUCGAGGCGCCUCAUGGAAGUCCUGCUUAAAGGAACCUCGCUGUCCCCGGGGCAAGCAUCACGCUCCUGGUCACUUGACAGCUGUCUCUCGCCCAGGCACUUUCUCGGUCGCCAGGACGACCCAACAGCUGUGGCAGGAACAGAAUUCGACGUAACCCAUCUCCAGGACCCCUUUGACCCCGCGUCGCGCGUUGUGAACACGGGCACCACCAAAAUACUACCGUCCGACGUCGUUUUCCGCUCCGUGGGCUACAGAUCCGUGGCCCUCCCCGAAUUCGCCGAGGCCGGCAUUCAAUUCGACACGAAGCGGGGCAUCGUUGACAAUGAUGGCCUGGGCAGAGUGAUCCGCCUCGUUUCCGACGGCGACGCAACCCCCCAUGUGAAAACCCAACAAGUCGCCGGGUUAUACUGCGCCGGUUGGCUCAAGAGAGGGCCCACGGGCGUAAUUGCGUCCACAAUGCAGGACGCUUUUGCCACAGGCGAUGCCAUAGUGCAGGACUGGCUGUCCGGAGGCCGGUUCCUGCAGCCUGACCAGGGUCAGUCUCCUGGUGGGUGGGAGGCGGUCGUGCAAGACGUCGGUCCUAGUGCAACAUCCGCCGUCUCAUGGGAUCAGUGGCUCAGAAUCGAUGCGGCCGAAAAGGGCCGUGGGCAUCGUUUGGGCAAGGAGAGGGAGAAGUUCACCAGCACGAUCGACAUGCUGUCGGUGCUUUGA